CAGGUCUGUCCAGGACUACUUACUCCAGUAUAAAACUGAGAGCAGAAAUAUGAUCACAUACUAAGAAGUCUAAUCAAUUCUGGUUUCAACACUGAGCCUAUUUAAAAUAGAUAAUGGAAUUGCUGUUCCUUGUUCUGUUCUCUCUGCACAUUCUCAAGACAGAGGCAGUAGUUGGAGGCCACUGGUGCUAUCAAUCACAGAAGCAUGAACAGCCAGCCUGUGAAGAUCCUCGACAAUGGUAUCUAGUAGAUGACACCUGCAAUGGAAACAAACAGUCACCUAUCAAUAUUGUCACCAAAAAUGUCAUUUAUGACAACAGCCUUAAGCCACUGAAUUUUGAAGGGUAUGAUGUGAAGGGGUCUUCAAAAUGGAACAUAGAAAAUAAUGGACAUACAGUUAAAGUAACAUUAAGCACAUCCCCUAAAAUUGGAGGUGGAGGCCUGAGAAGAAAAUACAAGGCAAUAGAAUUUCAUUUGCACUGGGGAGUCAAAGAUGUGCGUCAUUACCUUCCUGGCUCAGAGCACAGCAUAGAUGGAGAAAAACAAGCCAUGGAGCUUCAUGUUGUCCACAUCAGAGAAGAUGUUUUGAACAUAACAGAGGCAAAGAGAAAGGCAGAUGGUGUGGCCGUGUUAGCAUUCUUUAUAAAGGUUGAAGAAGAAAAUAAAAAUUAUGCAACUCUAAUAAAUGAAUUAGAGAAUAUUAAAUACAAAGGGCAAACAGCACAGAUGGAGCCUUUGCCCCUGAGUUCUCUUCUCCCACCCAAGGAAGACCUUGGAAGGUACUAUCGGUAUGAGGGCUCCCUCACCACUCCUGACUGCCAUGAGGGUGUCAUCUGGACAGUAUUUGAGAAGCCAGUUGAAUUAAGUAUUUUCCAGAUUUCUCAAUUUUCAACAGUCCGCUUUGAUACAAAGAACUCAACUCACAUGGUUGAAAAUUUCCGUCCUGUCCAGUUUCUGAACGAACGAAAGGUGUACUGGUCCAGUGCCAGCAUCCUCCUGCCUACUGCUAAGGUUUUAAUGUUGGUCCUGAUGCUUACGUACAUCCUGAGUUCUCUUUUCCAAUGAAUACUUCUUACCUCAUCCAAAGUCCUGGGAUUUUUGGAGGUUUUUUUUUUGUUGCUGUUGGUUCCUUGUAUCAAGUAGUCUCUCUAACUACCAACUCAUGAAUCAUAUCUCAAUACAGAAUUUAACCACUUUCUCCUCCAGACACUAACCAAGGACUUCUGUUGCUGCUCUUAUAUAAAAUCAAAACCAUUGCACUAAACCACAAGAAUUUGAAGGAACUGUGAGAUAAAGCUAUGAAGAUUCAAAUUAAAAAAAAAAAAAAAAAAAACCAACGCAAAUAAAGCAUUAGGGUGGAUUAUCUGCAAGCCUGUAGCUUUAAAACAACAUUGGAAGGACACUUUACAAGCUAUACAGAGGACCUUCAAGAGGAAACUGUUCUUAAGUGCCUAUGAAGGGUUUUGUCUGGAAUAUGUUUACAUUCAAUGCUGCAAAUCAGGAAGAUAGUAACAUGUGGAGUAAUUCUUAUCCCUACAUUGUCCUAGAUGAAGGUACAAUACAGAGCAAAAUAAAAAUGCUCACACACAAUUGAGCAACAUCUGGGUCAUCCUGUCUAGUGAAGGUUAUGUGACAAAACUCAUCUGUACUAAUAUAAUUUCCCCCCCUUCUUCCUUCAGAACAUAUACAUUUAAUUUUUAGCUAAGGACACUGGAUUCCUUUUAUCUAAUCUACUGAUUCUGGAUUUCAGGUUUCUCUAUUAAGUCUAUUUAUUCAGCCUAGUACAGCAUCCUUCUCUAGGAUGUCCACACUUGAGAUGAUGUGCUAAAAAGAAAAAGGGAAGCUCAACCACAUACACCAAUUGCACCUCUGUGGAAAUUCAUUCUCUUUGGAGGGCUGCAUCUGUAACAUGAGACUUCGAUGAUCCUUUACAGCUUUAAUUUGGCUAAUAAAAUGGGACAGUUCAAGAAACGGCUCUUUUUACUUUUUAGUAUCACAUUUUAUAAGCUUUUAAAUUUCAAUUUGAACAUUUCAGUGUGAACAUUUCCCUAUGAAUUGUUUCCUUUUUUUUUUUUUUCCAUAUAACGUCAUUCCUGUAAAAUAUUCACAUAUGGUUAAGAAUCACAGUUUUUUCAAGAAGACUGUGUUUUGAACUGAUUUCUUCAGAUCUUACCCAAUUACAGAAAAGCUCAAUAUAUUAGGAAAUGGGAUUUCCUUAUAUUAUUCCAGUUCUCUCUUUGAGGACAGACAUAACCGUUUUCUUUGGCUAUUGCCAUAUAACAUGUUACAGCUUCUUUUAGAAUUUUAGAUUUUGGUCACACCAAGAUAGGAUUUCAUAAUAGCAGACUUGCAUAUUUUUCUUAGGAUGUUUGUAGAGAUGACUUUAUGCUACAGCUAUAUGGCCAUUUUCAGGAAAAAUAUGAUAGUGGGACUAACCACAGCUCACCAAAGGAGAAAAAGCAGGGGGAGAAAUUAUUUUCAUACUUAAAAAUCAAUAAUAUAAGCUUAAAAAAAAAAACACAUGGGAAAGAAAAUUCACUUUUUUUAUAUUUAGAGGAAUGAUUAGGACUUUAACUGCAUUUUUAGUUAAAUAAAAAACUUUUGAGAAGCAAACAUAAAUGAAAGAUUAAAGGUGAACAGAGACCUAUA